GGCCAGUGGAGGGAUUGGCAGAGAGGGGUGGAGGACACUGAGUGGAGGCCAGUGGAGGGAUUGGGAGAGAGGGUGGAAGCCAGUGGAGGGAUUGGCAGAGAGGGGUGGAGGACACUGAAUGGAGGCCAGUGAAGGGAUUGGCAGAGAGGGGUGGAGGACACUGAGUGGAGGCCAGUGGAGGGAUUGGCAGAGAGGGUGUGAGGACACUGAAUGGAGGCCAGUGAAGGGAUUGGCAGAGAGGGGUGGAGGACACUGAGUGGAGGCCAGUGGAGGGAUUGGCAGAGAGGGAUGGAGGACACUGAAGAGGGGUGGAGGACACUGAGUGGAGGCCAGUGGAGGGAUUGGCAGAGAGGGGUGGAGGACACUGAGUGGAAGCCAGUGGAGGGAUUGGCAGAGAGGGGUAAAUACAGUCAUUAACUGGGCAUUAGCCCUUGCCGUUACAGGUAGUGUCUGAUUUUUUGGAC